AUGCUUAACAUUUGUUUAAGUGGAUUUGACUCCAAAGAGAAGACAACUCUUUCCAAAUUUAUAGAAGAACUUUCAGAUAUAGGGUUUAAAUAAUCUCAAGGGAUGACAUUCUAAGUUAAUGUCUUAGUUUGUAAUUCAGCUUUCUAAUCAGACAAAUAUAAAGUAUUAUGAAUGCCAUAAAAGGUAGCAAAAAGGCUAGACAUUGAUGUUGUAAAUAAAGAGUGGAUGUAUAAUUGUUAUAAUUAACACUAAAAACUUGAUACAAAAAAAUAUUUACUUAAACCAUUUAGAAAUAUCAAAUUGGCGCUUUUAGGUUUUAUGAAGAGUGAACUUGAUAAAUUAAAAGAAUUCAUAAUAAAGAAUGAAGGUAUUGUAGAAUAUGAAAUAUAAUAAUCUGAUAUUGUUGUAUUUAAAAAAGCCUCUUAAUUUGAGUUUGAAUUAAAAAAUUGUACAAAAUAUUUAGUUGAUUCAGAUUGGAUUAUGCAAUGUUAUGAAAGAUCAGAAUUUGUACCAACCUAAUAUUUUUAAUACAAUUAACCGAAAGUUAAUACAAGAGAAUUAUUUGAAAACUUUUCAGUAAGUGGUGUGUUAGAAGCAUUAAAUAAAGUAUAACUUUCUGAAUAUUGUUAUUUAACUAAUUGUGUUAUCUAUAUAGCUGUUAAAGAUGAUAAUCUUAAAAGAAUAAUUUCGUAAUUGAUUUCUGCUGGAGAUGGAUUCUAUGUAAACACUCUUCUCCCAAUAGUUACACAUGUAAUCUACUUAUAAGGAUGUAGUGAAGAAAUUAAUUAAUAGAUUUAUUAAGUAAUUCAUCCUAUGUGGCUUUGUGAAUGUUUUAGAUUAAGAAGAAGAUUAAGAGAAGAUGAAUAUUAAGUCAGAAUUAAAUCUUCUUUUGAAUAGAUAAGUGUUAAUAGUUUACCAGCGAGUCAAGAAGAAAUUUAAAGAGAUUAAUUUUUGUUUGGUAAAAUCCCUGACUCUAGAGCAUUUGGAGAAGAAAACAAUAAUACUUCCAAAUUUGGACUUAAAUCUUAAUCAUUUAGUAAUAAUAAUAGUAAUAUGUUGGCAUUCAAUAGAUUCUCUACUAAUACUGUCAAAAAAACUAAAUUAUUUGAAUAAUGUUAAGUAUUUGUUUUCGAUCAUUCAUCUCUUGAUAAGACUGUAAUCACAGCCUUAAAUGAUAAUGGCGCAUUAGUUGAAAGAUUAUCUUAUCCUAUGAAAAUCAAAGUUUCAAAUCUAAAAAUAAGUAAGUCAAAGGCUGUUUUAAUUUUUUUAUUACCUGAUCAUGAACAAUGCAAAGAAACUAUUUAGAUUAUAGAAAAAGAUUGUAAAAUAUAAUCUAUCAAGUAUUAUAGUUAUAGAUGGGUUAAUUAUUGUUUAGAAAAAAAUCUUCUGGAAUUAUAAGUUAAUAAUAAAAAAUUGUACCAUUUACAACCUACUAAUUAAUAAACACCAACUCAAUUCCUUAAAAAUAAAUUGAUUUAUGUAACAACAAAAGACAUCAAUUAAAAAGUUGUUUUUAAGGAAUUAGCAAAAAUAGUUACAGGAAAAUUACCUGAUUAUAAAUUAUCAGAAUUAGAUUAUUAUGUCUCUGAUAAAAAAGGAAAAAAGUUUCAAUAAAUAUUAGAAAUUAAUAAAGGUGGUAGAUUAAUGAAUUAAAUAGAAAUCAGGGACAUUGAUUGGUUGCUUUAAUAAUAUAUUAAGUAAUAAAAUCAAUGA